CUUACAGUGUAGGCAUGUGACAUCUGCUCUUCCAUUAUGCUUCCUUUUGUUUGCUAAGAAAAGGCAAGGAAGAUAGCAUCAAAAAAUUAUUGGUUUAGUUGGUUCACACCAUUAGGCUUGGUUUUGAUAAAAUCCUUUUUUUUUUUCACUUUUAUUUGCUUCCCAUUCUCUCCAACCAAAUCAAGAGCCUAAACAAAUGCAGUAUCGGAGAUAAUUGAGAAUUCUGCAUUUAUUUUUGUAUUGUUCAAAUGCAGUAAACUUGAAAGUGAAAAUGGAAGUUCCUAAGGGACUCUUGAGCUAUUUUUGUUACUUUAUUUUCUUUCUUCCAGUUUUUGUGCUUCUAUUCGUUCUUGGAAUGAUCAAAGGUGCCAUUUUCAGUCCCUUUGUGUUUCUAGUCAUUGCUUUUGGAGAUACUGCUGUUGUUAUAGUAUUAUGGCCACUUCAUCUUGUUUGGAGUAUCUACUGCUUAAUCAAAACAAAGAAGUUUGGCCCAUAUAUGAAAUGCCUCUUAAUUUUUCUGGUCCCAAUACCAAUAGCAAUAUGGACUGUUGUUGGAGUUGCUGGGAGUGCAAUUAUGGGUGCUGGAUAUGGUUUCAUUUGGCCUAUAAUGGAGACAUUUAGGGCUAUCAGCAAGGAAGGUCCAAUUCACAUGAAGUUGUUUAGCUGCUUUACAGAUGGUACUUGGACUUGUGUUUGGGGAGCCUGCACCGUUGUUCGUGAUUUUGCUGAUUUUUCGUUUCAUUCGUACUUUUCUGUUAUGGAUGAGCUGCUCAAGUCAAAGGAGGAGGAACCCAUUGAACUGAAGGUUACUCAGAUACCUGGGUGCAUUGUGGCAGCAAUUUCAGGGAUUUUGGUUGAUGUGCCUAUUAUUACUUUAAUAGUUUUGUUCAAAGCGCCUAUAUUACUGCUCAAAGGAUGGCAUCGGUUGAUACAAGAUCUUAUUGGGAGGGCAGGGCCAUUUUUUGAAACCGUUUGUGUUCCCUUUGCUGGUUUUUGGAUUCUGUUCUGGCCUAUUGUGGUUCUGCUGGCAACUUUGGCAGGCAUAUUGUCAAGUUUUGGUUUUGGCUGCUAUGCUGCAAUUAUUGCAUAUCAGGAAACAUCUACUAAGAGGGGAUUGCUUUAUGUGAUCGCUUCUGUGUCUGUAUUUGAUGAGUACACCAAUGAUUUGCUUUACCUGAAAGAAGGUUCCUGCUUCCCCAGACCCAAAUAUCGUGAGCGUGUUACUUCCAUCUCUUCACUGCUUCCACUUCCAGUGACGAGACUUCAGGAACAGCUUGAUGGUGCUCGUGUUGGCGAACCGUUUAUAAGGGCUCCUGCUGACAGAGUUAAUACACUGAAGACUGCAGUGAUAUGGGAUAGCUUCUUUAAAUCAUUUGAAGAUAUAGGGAAACAGCUUCUUAGAGAUGAAGCUAUAGGAAUUUCAGAUCUGGAUGCCUGGCGAAACUCAAAAUCGAGUAUCAUCAACAUUGGAAUUCCUGCAUAUGCAUUUCUUGAGUGCUUCCUCCACUCCAUUAAGAGUAGUUCCAGCGGCUUUAUCCUUCGUGAUAACGUUGAGAUAACAAAUCUGAAUAGACCAGAAGGCCGAGUUUUUGAUUGGCUUUAUGAGCCAAUGUGUAUCAUGAAAGAACAGAUCAAAAGUCUAAAUUUAAACAAAACCGAGGAGUUGUAUUUUUAUAAGCACUGCCUCUAUGGUGGUGAUGCAGCAAGAACUGAAUCUUGGCUAAACGGUGGCAUCCCCCCACAAGAUAAGAUUAAAAGAGCUCAGUUGGAGGGUAUGAGUAGAAGGUUGCAAGGCUUUUGUUUGACAUUGUCAAGGCUGCCAACAUCCAGACGCCGCUUCUUUGAAGUUGUGAAAGCUAUAGAGCAGGAAGCGAAGGACUCGAACAACCUCGGGGUUGAAGAUGAUGAUAUAGAGGCAGUUAGAUAGUUCCUUUCUGCAUCACAGAUUAGUAGUAACAAGGAUAAAUUUUUGAGUUUUUCCACUACGUAUUAUCUUUCAAGUAGCUUAUUAUGAUCUAUAGAAGACGGAAGCUUUGUAAAUUGCUCUAACUAUAUUCUUAAGUACUUGUAACUGAUCAGAUUUAUUAAUCUAUAUUUUCUCAAGGCCU